UUGACGGACGAUGACGAAGAUGAUAAAGAGGACAAUCGUGAUGCACGAUCUAGUCCAGAUCUAGACUCUCCUGGUCGAAAGUCGGAUUGUUUCAUUUUCGACCCCGAGGCCUAUCCGAGCACUACGUCCACAGCGACCAUUAGCUGUCGUCGCCCUCUUCGGCCUAGCAGCAUGACAACAAUUCAUGAUGCCGCCAUUACCGCGACUUCCACUGCCAGGGGCGCUGUGAGUGCUGAGGUAUCACAGACGGAUCAUGCGACGCUUGAUACCUCAGUUCGUUUACCAGUGCCCGAGCCGAAUGAAGAGGUGUUUGAGUUAGCUGUCCGAAUGCCUGAUGGACACCGGGAAGUGUUUCGAUUGGCGUCUACACUUACGUUGCAGAACUUACGCAUCCAUCCCCCUCCGAUGUCUGCUUCGUCCGGAUUCGUCAAAACUGUGAUGAUUCUUUUGGAGAGCACAGCCGGUACAGGGCAUCGCAUUGUUGCAUUUCGCCCUAAAGUAGUUACCGGUCGUAAGGAAAAAGUCGCGUUCGAUCCAUUGGUCCAACGAGAAGUCCUCUAUCGGGAGUUGCGUAAAAUACGAUCGCUCCGGAAAGCUGCUCCGUGA